AUGGCGGAGAAGGGGCGGAGCGGCGGCGGUGCCAUGGCGGAGAAGGGGCGGGGCGCUGCGCUGAGGGUGCUGGGGCUGAAGGAGCGGCUGCGCUGUGCGCAGGAGCCCGGCGAGAUUAUAAAAACACUUAAGGUACUACAGGAUUUGGAUUUAUCACUGGAUAUUCUAGUGGAAACUGGCAUACAUGAAACAGUUAACAGCUUUAGGAAACAYGCCACUGCUGGGAAUGUAGCUAAAAGUCUAUUAAAACAAUGGAAACAGCUUAUUGCUCCAGAAAGUAAAAGUGGUCACAGGGGAAGGAAAAAUGAGAAAGAAAAAUGUGAGACAAAAUCCUCUGUUUUCAACAAGAUUAAGCCUUCAGAGAAAGCCAAACCCUCUGUACUGGCCUUCAGAAGUUCCAAUAGUGCUCCCAUUUCUAUGAAGUUGAAUAAGGAGUGUAUUUGUAGUGAAAAGACUCAUCAAAGUACAAAUUCUGAGUCUCCAAUAGAAUGUGAYAAUAAACAAUGUAGCAGCAGUGGUUCUAAGCAUGCUUCCCCGGGUACCAGUUCUCAGGCUAAAGAAAGUGUUUUCAAGGAGAGCACCUCCACAGAGAGCAAGAGAGUUUCAGAAAAGCAGCAAUCCUCUGCAGCCAGUGAAGGCUUAUUACCUCUGAAGGAAAAGCCUAGUAAGGAUGCUUCCAAACAGAGAAAUCCUAAACRUGUGAAGAAACCAAAACAAAACCAUGUCAUUGAAGACCAAACYAAAUCAUCUAGUGAUGAAGAAUUUGAGCCCCCCACUAUGUCUUUUGAAUYUUAUCUUACUUAUGAUGAGGUUACCAACAAAAGAAAGAGAAAGGCUUGUUCUGCUGGUGCACGGCCAAGGAAGUGCAAUGAACAGAAGAACAGUUUAUUACCACAAAAGACUUCAAAACUUUCUCAGGCAAAAGAGGGAGUAGAAGAUGUAAAAAAAUCAGAAUCUGAGAAUGAUCAAUCAGAAGCUCCCAAUAAAAAGGCCAAGAUGGCAUCCCUCCAGGAGCUUCUUAAUACUCCACUACCUAAAACUCUGACAGACAUCCUAAAAUUAUCUCCUCCAUAUGCUGUAGACUUCACGGAUUCUGCAGCGCCUGUUGCAGAAGCACCCCAGCAAGUCGAUGAGAUAGUUCAAUUCACAGGACAGAGACUGAACUCUAAAAUGCAGGUGUACUCUGGCUCUAAGGCAGCCUGCCUUUCCAAGAUGCUCACGCUGUAUGAGCAGUGUGUCCGCAUGAUUCUCAACAAUAUUGAGUUGCUACAAGAAGCAGRAGGUGUGCCCUUUGAAAUUCUUGAGCCUGUGCUGACACGUUGCACACCAGAGCAGUUGUUUCGAAUAGAGAAAUGUAAUCUGACAUUUAUAAAAGAGACUGACCACUUGUGGAAGAAACACUGCCAAAGAGACUUUAAAAAUGAGAGCCUUCUGGAAUAUGAGUCUUGGCGUGAAAUGUACUUGAGACUAUUUAAUCAGAGAGAAGAAAAACUGAAGAUCCUUACUAAAAAUAUUCUUUCAGCUCAGUCUGAGAAGCCAAAAGGCAGGCAAGUAAAAAUGGCUUAUGUGACUGGUGCAGCAAAACCACUCAGGAGUAUUCACCGACAGCRAGAAAUCCAUGCGACAGCUGGACCUGUCCUCCAGCUUCAUCCCACAGAGAAGUGCAAAACAGGGAUUCCAGAAAUGAGAGACAGAAAUAACAMAUUAGCAAAUCUGAUCCCUGCUGGCAGCAGUAGAAGUUCUAGCUCAGGUGUCAUGAUUCAAGAUGGAAAGAAGCCUGCCAAAAAAAUUGCACCAAUCAUGAAGAAAACUUUGAAAGCGCUGRAACAGAGUUGGACAACGAUAAAAUGAGGCUGUGUAUUUGAAGCUUAUGUGAUGUGAUCAUUUGUGUAUUAUGCUACAGUGAAUAAAAGUAAUGUUCAUGUAAACACUGUUCAAUUUGCCUUAAUUAAAAUAAUUCUGAAAAA